CUUCCACACGCCUCCUUCUCCCAUUUCCCUCACCCCUUCUCAAAAUCCCUCCCUCUCAUAUCCCCAUCCCACUCCCUCCUGCCCCCUCUUCCUUCACCCCGCUGCCGCCGACCAUCCGCUCUUGGCCGCCCGGACAGCUGGCUGAGGUGACGAGCGGGGAUCCGUUCAGGAAGAGGGGACGUCGAGAAGUGGCGCUAAUAGAUUUGUCGACACCUUGCCGGGAAAUGGCGAGGAGACCGCCGAGCCCGCCCCCGCCCCCGCCCCGUCCGAGUGAGGGAAGGUCGCGGAUCCACACGGGGGCUGUGAUAACCCACCGUCCGAGCUCCGCGCAACAGGUAUAUGAACAAAACCAAUUAAGGGCACUACCGGAGUUACCAACCGUUGUUCUCAAGGCAGUCUCAGAUAAUGCUGUGUCAAUUGUGUCAAAAACAGCACUUGGAUCUAGAAGAAUGAGAACUGAGACUCUAUUGACGUUCGUGCUGAGCCUAAGGACGCAGUCCAUUUUGUGAAUCAAGUGCCUUGAGUAAUUCCUGAAGAGGGAAGCUGCCUGCCUGCCUGCCAGAUAUGGCUUCCAGCCUGUCUGAUCCCUUUGUCACUGUACAGAAAAUCUAUUACCCUUCAUUGUGCGCCAUUGGAAUCCCAGCGAACUUCCUCACCAUCUACACCCUCUACAGUAGAAGAUGUGGGAUGUCCACGGUGGCCAGGCUCUACCUGAUCUCGCUGGCCAUUGCAGACACACUGUGCUUGUUCUGGGGUGCACUGAUUGACCUGAGCCUGGUGUGGCUGGACCCCAGUCCCUUCUGGGUGAUCUCCCCGUGGUGUGAGCUGCUGACGGUGCUGGAGUAUGGCUCUAUCUUCACCUCCACCUGGAUUGUGAUCACCUUCACCAUUGAGCGUUACCUGGUGCUGAGGAGCACUCGGGUCAGACAGCCCUACUCCCAGACUAAAGUGACCAUCAGAGUCAUAAUAAGCGUCGCUGUGGCCUCUCAUCUGAUCGCUGCUCCAGCCUACUGGAUCUACAACUCAGAGUUACUGAACUCCACCAUGCCCAACCAGACUGAGAAGGCGCACAAAUGUACUUACAGUGAUAGUUUCUUUUCCACUGCCGUGGUGUGGUUUUACACACUGGUCUCAGGGGGUAUCCCCUACAUCCUCCUCAUCCUCUUCAAUAUCCUCAUCGGGCAUCAGCUCUACACAGCCUCCAGGAUGUUCACUCAGGAGCAGCUGAGGUCGAUAAAUGGCAUUACCGUGCGGGGCCUGGUGAAAAAAUCUAUUCUAAUCCUCUUUACUAUUUCCUUCACCUUCGUCCUCCUGACACUCCCUCGCUUUGUCACCUACUGCAUCCUGAGGACAGCCUACAACCGGCCGGACCACAACCGCGACGACUACAGCCAGAUGAUCAACUUCUUUGCAGACAUCGGCAACAUGAUGCAGUGGCUGAACUUUGCCAUCAACUUCCUCCUCUACUGCGUCAUCAGCAAGUCAUUCCGCCAGGAAUUCUUUCAGGUCCUGACCUGCAGAACUCAAGCGCCCAGUGCCCCCAAUUCUAACACCCAACUGAAGGUCUACAGCAUACAUUGUGCCUCCAUUCAACAGCCUGUGAUCACUGCUGGAACCUAGAGCUCACCAGUAGCCA